AUGCUUUUGGCGGCUUGUAGGAAGAGCUGGUUGAGCUGUGCUAAAGGACGCACACACAGACUGGCUGCCAGCACUGCUGCCACCUGCCACUACAGCUGCCACGACAAAACACCUAGCAGAUCUGGACCUUCACAGAGCAGUCAUGCUGUUUUCUAUGUGCGCUAUAAAACAGUUCCACCUCCAGUAACAGUCAGUAAAUUCUUCAACCCGUGUUACACCACUGCCCGACUGAAACCAACACUCAUCAGCAAGAUCAACACGGCGGUGCAGUUGUUCCUGGUGUCGGCGUCUCUGGCUGCGCCGGUGUUUCACUACACUGACAGUGUUUUACUGCAGUCACUGUGGUACAUUACCGCUCUGACGACCGCAGCAUCCGGUUACAGCUAUUAUCAUUACGGUAAAAAGACCGUUGAGGUGCUAAACGACACAAAGUAGAUGUACAGUCAUCUGAGAUUGAGCUUUGACCAAGUAAUUUGUAUAAUCACUCUUUAUGCAGAAUGGAAAUCGAUGCCCCGCUCUUGAGACACUUUAGUCUGUAAAGU